GCAUUUAUUUGUUUACUUUUUUCCAGGUGACCACUUUCUCCAGUGGUACCAACAAUUUCGAACAAUGGAUGUUGAAAUUGAAAAGCUAGUUCUUCAAAACUGCUCAUGGGUUAGACUUCCUAAUCACAUCAAAGAGUACCUGGGCCAGUCCCAGAAGGAGUACGAGGCGCAUGUGCUCGAUGUGAGCAUCAAGAACCAGCUGCGCCACCGCGGUAACCUGGUGCAGCGCGUGCACCGCGACGAGGCGUCCUACUACCGUCGGCUGGUCGAGUACAGCCGGCAGCAGCUGAUGCUCUACCCGUACCACCUGGCCGACAUUGUGGUGAAGGGCCUGCGCCUCAGUCCGUUCGAGUACUGCACCAGCGUGGUGCAGCUCAUCAUGGAGCAGGAGCGCAGCUACGACUCGCUGCCCAACUUCACCGCCGCCGACUGUCUGCGGCUGCUCGGCAUCGGCCGUAACCAGUACAUCGACCUGAUGAACCAAUGCCGCUCGGGCCUGAAGCAGCGGAUCGCCUUCCGCAAGAAGUCUGUGCGGCCGCUGCUGCCGGCCAAGCCGGUGCCCGUGUUCAUCGACCCGAGCUGGCGGGUGGACGUCGGGCUGGUGAUGGAGGACGACGUGCGGAAGCUGUCGGCGGACGAGAAGGCGGCGGUGGACCUGCUGAUCGACCAGCAGUCGCAGCCGGCCGGCCGCCUGGCCUACCACGUCGUCCACUCGCUCUACUCCAAGGGCCUGGUGUACGUGGACGUGCCGGUGGACGACGACGACCGGUUCUCGGUGCCGCCGCUCGAGGGGUUCGUCAUGAACCGCGUGCUCGGCGACUACUUCGAGAAGCUGCUCUACAAGAUAUUCGUGUCGAUCGACGAGGCCACGACGGUGGCCGAGCUGGCGUCCCUGCUGCAGAUAGAGCUGCAGCUCGUCAAAAACGCCGUCUCCGUCUACUGGCGGCUCGGCUUCGCGCGCAGAAAGGGCGGCGGCCUGCCGGAGGCGGAGCUGCACCCGAGCUGGCGCUGCGUGGAGCGGCACGGCGGCGCGCCGGCCAGCACCAUCCUGUCGCCGGCAGCGGCCGACGAGCGGGACGCCGCGCCGGCCGACCCGGUGGCCCGCGAGCUGCAGGAGGCGCUGCUGGCGCCGCCGACCGACGCCGACGCCGAGCCGCCGGCCGACGACGCGCGCCCGCAGACGCAGCGCGUCGGCUUCCUGUUCGACUCGACACUGACCGCCUUCCUGAUGAUGGGCAACCUGUCGCCGGGCCUGAAGAACCACGCCGUCACCAUGUUCGAGGUGGGAAAGCUGCCCGACGAGUCGAUCGACUCUCUGCUUACCGAGCUCGACAACAUCUCGACAGAGGAGAGCGAGGGCGAGGCGGAGCGCUACUUCUUGCACGCGCUGGCGCUCAAAAUCGUCAUCCAGGCGCUGAGAUCUGAGCAGCGCCUCCUGGGCCUGCCGCUCGACCUCGUCCGCUGCGAGAGUCUGCAGAGCCUGGACCCAGCCACCUGCGGCCGUCUGCUCACCAAAAACUACCGUGUGCUGGUGUCGAUGUGCCCGCUGUCGAUGGAGAGCCGCGCGCUGACGGCCGCCGAGCUGCCGGCCCAUUUCGGCCCGGCGGCGGCCGAGGUGAACUCUGUCUGGCUGAAGCUCUACCUGUACCACCUGACCGGCUCCGGGCCGCCCUCCUUCUGCCUCACCAAAGGCAGCCGGCUGCGGCGCCUGCCGGCGGCGCUGGCCCCCUUCGACCGUCUGCUGGUGACCACCUGGGGCCACGACCCGGCCGUCAUCUCUGUGAGCGGCGCGCUGAUGACGCUCAACGAGGCUCUCUCCCACUCGGCCGUGCUGGUCCAGGGUCUCGGCUGGAGCGCCGAGGGCGAGCUGCGUCAUGUGCCGUUCCCGCUGGAGCCGGCCGGACGGCCGCCGCCGGCCGUGGUCGCCACCCUCUGCCGACACCUGCCGCUCCAGAACAGCUGCGGCUUCGUCAAACUGCUCCGGCUGCGUCCGCCGCCCGCCGCCGCCCCCGCCCCCGCCUCCGCCGCCGCCGUGGUGGUGCCGUGGCGCGUCCCUCCGCCGGCCGACCUGCAGCCGCUGGCGCCGCCGGCCAGUGGGGGCGGCGAGGGCGCGACACGGGCCAGUGGUGGCGGCGAGGGCGCGGUAGCGGCCAGUGAGGGUGGCGAGGGCGCGACACCGGCCAGUGAGGGUGGCGAGGGCGCCCCACCAACCAGCGAGAGCGCGUCUGGCCCGGAAGACAGCCGGCUGGCGCCGUCUGACGAGCCCACGAACGGGCUGCGGGACGCGGAGGCGGCGCGUCUGCUGCGCUGGGAGGUGGACCACGCCUCCUCCGGACUGGCCUCGUCGGCCGGCUCGGAGGGCGGCUCGGAGGUGACGGCGGAGGCCGGAGCCGGGGACGAGGGCGACGACUGGCUGCUGCUCGACUGCUCGUUCGGCCUGCCGCUGUUCGACCUGGGCCUGUGCCGCACCGUCAGCGGCCGGCUGGUCGAGCACAACAUGUUCAGCGAACAGAGUCUGCAGCGACUGACCGAGUUCAACAGGACGCUGGCGUCCGGACUGCUGGACUUCAUGUGGCACCACGGGGCGGCAGCAGGGUCGCCCACCAGCUGCGCCGCAGGGGUGCGCCUGCCCACCAAGUGCCUCGCCUUCCUCGACGGACGGCUGACCACGUGGCCCAUCACGUGAUGUGGUGUGUGACCCGACCCGACCUGACACCGGACCUGACACCGGCCGGCCGGCACGGCCAUCUAUGCAACGGUCCGCCCGCCGCCAUAGGCCAGUGAUGACGCCAUGUAGGGUCGUGGCCUUGGAAAUCGACCCCAGGUGGGUGGACUCGUGAUGCCAUAUGUGACCAACCACUGCACUACUAGGAAUCUGUCCGCUCUCCACAGCGAAGACAUUCCGUCAAAAAUGUGAUUGUGCUGCUAUGAUACUAUGACUAAUAUCUUUAUGUUUUUAGUCAGUGGAAUGUUUUAUUUUUAGUGUUUAUUGUAUUCGGGCAUUCUUAUAUAUCACAAUUGCUAUACUUUUGUUGGGCAAUGUCUUAUUUUCAGCUUUGCGUCGUUGUGUCUACGUUGCAUUUUCUGCGAGCAACAGCUAACCGAGUCGAUUAUUUCAUGUUGAUGUGUAAGUUUGUGGGUAUCAUGAUUAACCUGUAUCGUAUGUUAGAUUCCAAUGUGUCGUCCUAAACUUCGUUCUGUGGGAACACAAAGUAACACAUACCUAUACGUCAUUCCAUUAUUCACUUUUUGGUGAGUGCUCAGAAAAUUGUUCUUAUCUAUUAAAGUUGUAUCGGCUCGUACAGUCCCUGUGAUCUGGGUGGGAGGGGUGGAAGGCGGCCCUGUAAUUGCAAUGAGGUUCCGCUCUCACUCAAUGUUAUUCUAAUCAUCGUUUGUCAACAAAUGAGUAUAAGCUAUGUAUAAUACAGAGUAUAUUGUGAUAUUAUGCGGACUU